AAAAAAUCACCCUUUAUAUGUAAAUUCAUACAUUUUAUUUAUUUGAUUGAGAUUUAAUUACUAAUGACAAAAACUUUGAUGUCGGCUGUUCUUUUAAUCACAAUAUCUGUCUAAGACAUCUAGAUGAAAGAUUGUAGUUUCCAUAGCGCCACUCUGUGUAAACAAUAGUAAAGUUAUGCUGACAGUUCCGGUUAUGCCGACCAAAUGGUCUAUGAAACAUUGUUUCUUAACUAUGUUGGAGAACCGCGGUCUGUUUUUGCUUUAGCUUCAUUAACAACAGUUCUCAACACAUUUAUUGCCUUACCGAAGUAGAUUACUCGUUAGAAUUAUUGAUCGUCAUGAUCAUGAUCCAUUUCGAAAAAAGAACCUUCAAAUUUAAAAGGGAAUGCUUAUUAUCAUUCGAAAGAAAAUUCUUUGGCAUUUAUUUUUUGAAGAUUAUCUCUUUCGAAUGUUGGCACCGGCUACGUCUCAGGCCCAUCCGUUGAGUUCAAUUUACGAUGACGUUGUGAUACCACACGAUCUUGGUGGCCAAUCGACGGGCUCAAAACGUGAUAUUAUCUGCUCACCGAAGUGCCCUCUCAAUAAAUACAUUGAUUGAUACAAUAUGUAGGAUAUUGCGCAGUCGGGAUGAAACCAAAUGUCCCCGAGAUCACGAGCUUCAAUUUCAAGCAUCAAACAAUCGGUUGUCAUAGCGCAAUAACAAUCGAAAUUGGCGGUUACGUUCUCUCCUGCAUCACUUUUGAAGAAAAUACGUUGUUUAUGGCCUAUGUUGGCCAAAUAUCUCUAUCGGGAGCUUGGUUAAGCAUACAUAUAUCAAAGACGGAAAUAUCAAUUAGGUAUGAAUAGAAUACUUUGCGGCUCUCGUAACCAUCAGCUGGCCCUGCAAGUUCCUCGCUUUUUCACAGCUCAGUUGAGUUGUGACAUUAGUAGAAUAGCCACUUUGAAAAUACAGCAAAUAAAUGGAGCAGCGCUUUUGUCGCCCUAAAUCGAGAAUACGACCGUUCCGCAUGACCCUUCGUCAAUUUUGUGCCAGAGUUUAUGUGCUUUAAAAGCUCUCAACUUGUGCCUAAAGCGUCUUCGGCGCGUGACACACAUGAAUAUAAUACCAACCCACGUCAUGUGGACCUUUUUGGCAUACUGGUUGCCGCUUUGAUACCCCGCCACAGAGCAAUGAACUGUCUUUCUUCAAAUUUAUGAUGAAAUCUAGUGAAACUCGUAUAAAAUUGUGUGAUUUUGCUACCUAAUUAAUUAACAGCGCUAUUUUUAGGGAGCCACUAAAAGUAAUAUUGAUUAUAAUUUCCUUGAGCAGACUACAUUCAUGUGUUGUUGCUUGUGCAGGCAAGCAAACUGGAUUUGCGCCAACGCAUUUCCAAAUUCAUUAACAAUUUUAAGCUGAAAAUAAAAAUCCAAUAAACAAACUAUUUCACAUUUGAAUAUGCUAAUGUCAGCGUUAUUUCUGUAACGCCCGGGCGUAUAUGACUGCGUUUGGCUGUGCUGUUACACACCUAGUGCCAAAUGCUGUUGAACUCGAAACUGAAACCAUUUGCUAGGAAAAAAAAAUAGAAAAAAAAUAGAUGAAAUAAAGAUCGAAAUCAAUAAGAAACGAGGUGAGUGAAAUAUGCACAACACGAAAGGCCAACUAGCCGUUGCUGUAAUCAUUAUCGACUCGCGGCGCUGCGGCAAGAUGACGCCGCCGCGCACCGCAGCCCAUCAUCCAUAUUGAACAGAAUCAAUAAAAAAUAUGAUUGAAUUGUUGGAAAAAAGUUGGCAUAAUAAAAAUCGAAAAACAAAUAAUAAAUAGCGGCAGCGAGCGGCGCGGCAAGCGAGCGUUUUGGACAUUGAACAGCGAUCAACGCGGUGAACCAAAUGCGGCGGCGCGAAAAUAAACUUUAACGUGCGGAGACUUGAGACGACGGCAGGCGAAAAAAUAAAAGCAAAAAAAUAUAAAACAAAAUAUAAAAACGAAAUCAAAUACAAACGAGCAAUCAAAGCAAAUAACCAAAGCGAAAAUUCGCGAGCAACAAGUACGCCUGUGACACACCAGGCGGCGUGAAUGGCGGCAAGAAAGCAAUAAGUCGGCGAAAAUAGAUAUCAAUAAAAAAGAAAAUAAACAAUGAAAUAGAGAAAAGACGCAACGCAAAAAGAAAUAUAAAAAUAAAAUAAAAAACCAACACUUGAUUGCGACUGCAAGCCGCGGAUGUCUAGCGGCGGCAAGCCGUAGACCAGCUUUGCAGCGCGCACUCGCGAGAGCAACCGGAUACAAAGAGCGCAGCUUUGAGCAUAAGAAAACGUAAGAUGGAGUAACGCGCACCAACACACACACACAAGCAACUUGGAGACUUGCGAAGACGCGCUAGAUAAUUGCGCGGCUUAGACAAGCAAUGAAAGCGCAGCAGAAGAUCAAAUGUGGAGUGGUUUUCACGACAUUAAUUUCAUACAACUUGUUAAGCGGCCGACUGACUCAUGCCAGCGCCGCAUCCAAAUACAGACCCAGAAGGAAUGUAAACAAACGCGCACCAAAGCGAGCAGCAUGCGCCAUAACCAACAGCGCAGCGCGAGAGCGCCAACGCGUUUGGAGACUUGCUACUGCUUGGCUUGACUGCCAUAUACGUAAGUGAGUGGAGUGGAGCGCGCCUCCGACUUGACUUAAGUUGACUUGAACAGACUGCGUUGGUAUUGCUCGGUUGUGCUUGUGUGUGUUUGUAGUGGCGGCGUACAGCACUUAAAGAUCGUCAUUGUUUUGAGCUUAGUUUCGGUUUGUAGCUACUCGAUAAAGCACGACUUCGCGGAGAAAACGAGCUUUUUGCGCGCACCAGCAAAUGCAACAAAAAUAAUUGAAAUAAAAAAUUAUAAAAGUGCACAAAAGCAACUAUUGUUUGAAAAGUAGUUAAGAAAGAAAUUAUGUAAGUGCAACGUGAUAAAAAUUGUGGCGUUUAAGGCAAACGCAUGGCAAUAAAUUAAUGCAAAAGCGAAAAAUUAGUUUUCUUUUUGUAUGAAAGUGAAUUGGCAAAAGUGUAUAUCUGUGUGUGCAAUUAGCAACAUUACCAGCUGCUUAUUGCUGUUGUUUUUGCUGCUUAUCCAUUGCAACUAAUCAACGCCGUCAACGUUGCCGCCGACUCAACCGCCGCGUAAUGCAAACAACGGUUUCCGUUUAACCUUAAUUCGCAGCGUCCAACACCAACUGAGUGUCAAUAUCCUUCUCAAUAAUGAAUGAAUAAGUGAAAAACUACUUACAAUUAAAAGUUACAACAAAACCUUUAAAGGUAUUAACUUAGAAUAAAAAGUGAACUUGUGAAACACAGAAAAUAAGUAAACAUAAUAAAACAACAAUUAAAAAAAUUAACAACAACAUAUAACAUAAAUGGGCGACUACGCGCCCUUUUUGUGCUGAAACUUUCAAGAAAUCAUUGUUAAACUUAUUGUGGCACCCAUUAAAACACAAAUAUCCACCCUGUAAAUCCCCCAAUCAACCCCGCGUUGGCAAAAUGGAGUAUCUGCUGCUGAACGCUUUCGAACAAAACUACUACAACCACAUCAAGCAAUUUGAGCGCGUCGCCAAUGCCGCCGCGGCAGCGACAGCGGCCGCUCAGAACACGCUAGCGGUGCGCAACCACACAGCACUCAUGUCCACCAACAACAACAACAUUGCAAGCACUUCAUCCCCAACUUCAUCUAACUCACCAUCGACCUCCUCCUCCGCGCUCUCAUCUCUAUCCUCUUCACCAGCAUCAGCUGUGAGCAGCAACAGCGCGGCAGCGCUGCCUAACGGCAGCCCAACGGCGAGUACGCAUAGCAACCAUUACACAGCACAGACGAGCCUAGCGCAUGGUAAAGAUACAGCAACGGCAACAACAAAUGGAUAUAAAGGAACGCAAAAGCAGGCUCCUGCGACGGCGCUGCAAGCACAACCGCUUUCCGCGCGUCAAAUGCCACAGUUCACCGCGGCACAAGCAGCCGCCGCUAUGGCCGCGCAGUAUCACCUGCAACAUUUGCAGCAUGAACAGCAGCAACAUUUGGCACAACAGCAACAACAGUUUGCGCUUAACCGCGCAAGCACGCAGCAUGCGAAAGCGACAACAACAACAGCAACAGUGCAGGCAUCACCAUCAUCAAACGGAGCAGCGGCGCAUAUGCAUUUGCCGCAUGUAUCAGCGCUGCAACUAACGCUACCACCACCGGCGUCGCAUCUGCAACAACAGCACCAUCAUCACCAUAACCACAAUCAGGCGGAACAGGCGCAUUCGCAUGCGCAAUUGUGGCACGCGCGUGAUCAGCAAAACAAUUCGAAUGUGGCAAAUAGUUUGUUUUGGCAACCAUGGCGUGAACUACACCAUCACUUAUACCAACAACAACAGCAACAGCUACAAAAAGAGGCGCGUAUUUCUUCAAAGGAACUGCCGACCGCUCGCUGGCGCCGUGAGCGACGCUCGCGCGCUUGUGAAUACCCCACUAUAGGCAGUGGCGCGGCAACUGCUGCCAGCAGCACCUCAACCUUAAGCAACCUCUCGCCUGCGCGCACACCACCACCGCCUGGUGUCUGCGCUGGCGGCCUACCAUCGCCGGUGAGCGCGCAUCAUCAUGUAGCGGGCUCGGUGCACAGCGGCGUACCGCCACCAAUGUCCAUUAUGAUGGCCGCGGCGAUGCGUCCACUUUGUGAAUCCACCAAUCGUCCAACUCCACCGCCUUCGAACUCCUCAGCGGCGGCUGCGGCAUAUCAUCAUCAAAGCGGUAUGGAGAGUCCCAUUGAUAUGUCGGUGUCAUCGUCAACGCUGAAGCACCGCUCCUCACCGCCACCGCCGUAUCGCGCGCCUCUACCAGGCUCCACAUAUGCCGCCGCGCUCGCGCGUCCCAGCGUAAUUACACAGGCGCCAUCGAAACGAGAACGCGAAAGUGAACGUGAGCUGUUGGCUAAUCGCGAGAAUGAUAAUCGCAGCAAUGAAUCCGUUUCGACUUGCGACACGGUCAUCGAUGAGCAUUUUCGCCGCUCACUGGGUCCGAACUAUGCAGCACUCUUUGGCAAAAAGUCACCUGGUCACAAUCCAGUAACACCAUCGCUACAGCCGAGCGCAGUCGCUAUGACAACAACAGCAGUCAUCAAUACGCCCACCCCCACACCACCACCAACGCAGCCCCCUUUGGCACCAUCCUCAUCGUCUUCGACACUGCCACAGCUGCAGCCGCAGGCACUGGUUGUGGCACACGCCUCAACACCAGCCGCAUUGCCACCCUACCAUGCAACUGUCGUCGCACCACAAGCGCUCAUCUCACCAAAGCCGGCAGCGGUGUUACUUUCCCCGGCCGCCAUUUACGCGGCUGCGGCUGCAGCUGCUGCUGCACCUCCGCCACCACAAAUUGCUGCUCUAUCGCCGCAUCAUGCGGAGCAUGUGAUGGCUGUCGAUUUGCCGCCACCACAACAGCAACCAUUGGCUUUGUCCACUACGCAACGCAGCAAUACACCGCAACCAACAACACCAAAUGUUGAUGUUGGUGGUCCAGCAAUGUGUUCAUUGCCGCUGUCACCAACAAACGCCUUACAAACAUCACCGCUACCACCAGCAUUCCCCGCGGUCACACUGCGUAGCCAGACAUCAAUGGAAGCACACUCAACAAGUAGCUCGCACUCACCAGUGGCAACGCCGCUACAAUCGCCAAAUUCUGUAACGGCAACGCCGACAAUGGUGUCCUCUUCGACGCCCCAAACAACUACACAGACAGCAACAGCAACCGGUGGCUCUGCAACGCCGCCACCCAUAAUGCCGGCGAUUAUGCGCAUCAAAACCGAACCGGGACUGACGGCAACAAACACGCCGCCAGCUUCACCAACCUCGACCUCAUCGCCCACCAGCAUUACAGAGGUGAAUGCUUCCGUAGAUGAUCACUUUGCCAAAGCGCUGGGUGACACUUGGAAGAAGUUGCAGGAGAACAAGGAGGUGCGCAAGUGAAAUAUAAGGUGCCGCAGGAGGCGAAAAAGGUUUGAAUACGUAAAUGAAGAGUGAGAAGGUGUGGCAAAUGUGUGAGAGCAUGCCAGUAAAAGAGGUGACUACAUGUGAAAAAGAAAGCAAAAGUGAAUAAUAAAACUGUUUCAAAAAAACGGGUACUAAUGUUGCCUACUACAACUAUUAAUUAUAUUUGAUAGGAGAAAAGAACAAAUAAAAUUUAGAGAGAGAUUAUAAAAACCCUUUAGUUACAACUCUAUGUACAAUACUCUACAGCGAAUUCCCAAACGUAAAAGUGAAAAUGUUUUUUGAUCCCUUGAAAAAGUCUUCUAUCCUAACCUAUAACAAUUAAAAAAAAUUGUGCUGCCAACAUAGACUAUAAAAGCUAAUUUCUUUGCCCUGGAAGUUUGGAAAUUAUAAGCAAAACUUUGAAUUCAUAAUCAAAAUAUAAAAUAUUCAAAAAUAACGCAUAUCUAUAAGCAAUUAAAAUAAAUAUACUUUAGUGAUAAAAGCUUGUGAAAAUUCUAAAACAAAGAGUACAUCAUGACAAACUCUAAGCUGAACUUACUAAUAUUUUAAGUGCAUAUAAGAUCUUAAAAAAAAAGCAUCGAAAUAGCGAUGUAUUUUCUUUAGCCCAUACAUAUUUUGAAUCGUUCAAGCAAAUGCUUUAAUUUACCAAUGGAAAUGAUUCGUUCAAUUUCUUAAGUAUUAGAGACACAUCAGUAAGCUUGUUGGAUAAACCAUAUGUUUCCUAUUUUUACAUCUUCACAUCCAAAUUAAUAGUUAUUAAAAAGUAAACAAAACCAGCUGAUCUGUACACUAAUGUUAGAUUGUUUGAAUGUCAGUUGUAAAUGCAGUACUAAAAUAAACAUUUCAUUUGAAAUAUUUUUCAGAAAUAUUAAAAUCAAUUACAAGUAUACUUCUUACUUUUUUUUAUUUUUCUUCUUCUUGUCAAUUUUUUACAAUUUUUUUCUGCGUUUGCAAAUGUCAUGCCUUUUGCCUAUUUCUUCUGCAGCUUGCUCACAUUGGUAUUAAAUUAAACAUCUAUUGAUCUCUAAAUUAGAUUCUGUUGCAUUAAAACAUUCAUUGUAUAAUUAAAAAGAGCGGAAAUUAAUACAUACCAAUAAAUUCAUAUACGUAUGUAUAUUUUUAGUACCAAUUUCAAAAAUUAAGCUCUUUAUGUAAUUAAAAAUGUAAUUUUCCUUAAUUUAAUGCAAUAUUGACAGAUGAUUUCAGAUGAUUAGUUGUAUUUAGAUGCUACUGAUGUAAAUAUAACAAGUACCAUAACGAAGGUCUAAGUUCACAUGCAACCGAACAUUUCCUACUCUUGCAACUUGCAGGAAUCAAAGUGCAAAACAUCAACCAGAGCAUUUUGAUAUAUGUAUACGUGUAUCAAAACUCAUACACUGACCAAUAUAAUCGGCAUAAGGUUUGUUUGAAAAAAGGAAAUCAUUAUAAGGGAGGAGUUAGGGUAGUUCGACUCGAUUUUAUCUAUUAACUAUUAUCAUGCCACAUACUAAAAAAAUGUUCCCUUGGUUUCAUUAAGGUUCCUUGCAUACAAUCAUCACUCAUAUGGAGUAAAGACAGCUGAAUGUUCGAAAAUCCUGAUAUUAAAAAGAUACACUGUUGUGAGUAAAACAAGCUCUCUCAAUUUUAUUAAGAUACCUCACAUAUAGGCCGAGAUACAUACAUAUGUAUGUGGUAUAAAGUCACACGAAAAUUCGAAAAUCUUUAUAUUAGUUAUUAACGCGAUUCAAUCCACUUGUAGGACACAGAAAUAGUACUGAAUUUUAAUUAUAAAUCUGACACAUUGACCAAUAUUUUUUGGUAAAAAGUCAACUAAGUAUAAGUACUGAAAUCCAAAUAUUCAGUACCUAUGUCGAGGCUUAAACAGUUUUUAUUGGAUUUAGACAAUUUUAGGCCAUAGACAUACUCUAAAAGGGUUAUUCGUGGAAAGUGUUAUCCCGUUAUAUGAAUUGCUUCUUGAUUUUCACACUCGGAAGGACAGAAUCAGAUGGAAUUUAAAAUUGUGUUAUAUGAAACCCAGGCGUGGCUUUUAUCCGUUUCGCCCAUUUUCACACUGUAACGUAAAAAUUGAAUGCCACAUAUCAAAUUUGAUAUGUGUUUCACCUAAAUGUGGGCGGUGUCAUACAUCCAAUUUUGACCCUGGCUCCAUUAACGACAUGUCAGUUUCAUAUCUUAAUUUAGUGCUUAGCAUUUUUUUUCGACUAAUGGCGUUUUGUGGGCUUGGCAGUAAUACGAUUUACGGAUUCACGUCCUCACGUCUUUUUCAAGGAUCAUGUGCACCAAAUUUCAUUGAAAUAUCUCAAUUUUUACUCAAGUUGCAGCUUGCACAGACAGACAGACAGUUACUCGGAAUUCAACUCGUCUCGUCAUCCUGACCAUUUAUAUAAUAACCUUAUAUCUAUGUCGAUUAUUUUCAGGUAAUUCAUAUAGCUAAACUAUAUUUAACUGCAUGCUGCAAGAGUAUAAAAAUACAUAAACAAGAGCAGUAAAGAAACAGGCCUACUUUGACAUUUUAUGACUUCAGCGUAUGAGCGUAUCGUUUACUUAAAUUAUUAUUAUUUUUUUAAUUUAAUUUAUUAACCAAAUAUAAGUAGAUAAUUUUGUUUAUAUACAAUAUCAGCAUUCCAACAGCGAUAUUUUUCAAAAAUUCAAUUCAAAAAUGUUGUUAAUGCAAAGAAAUCUAUUUUUUCAGCAGUACCAAUAAAAGUGUGUGCGGUUAAUUAACCAUUAUAUAAAAUAUCAGACGAAUUAGUGAGAGUGAUUAUUGAAAUCGUCUGUUAGGUGCAUACUAUUAGCAACUGCACGGUACCAAAUGUAAAUGUUUAUUGGUUAUAUUGCUACUUCCUUCAACUGUGUGUCAAAUUGUAUGCAGAUUCUAUAUUUCUUAUAUUAUAAAGAAGAGAAAAAAUAGUAGCAACUGACUACAAGUAUAUAUCAAAUUUAAGUAAUAAAUAAAACUCUCUAAAAAUGUUAUAAACAAAUACAUAAAGGAAAACAAAAAAAAAAUAACUAUAACCAUACACUAAUUGAAAUUAAAUUUAAAAAUAAUAUUUAACUGGACUAAAGUACUACAAAAUUUUAUUAUAUA